AUGAAUUCGACCGGUGAUGAUAAUUCUUAUGCAAAGCUACCAGUUAAUGACAACAAUUCAAAAACUACCAGUGAUAAUGAUUCAACCAUAGUCACAUUCCAUAAUAUUAACUAUAGCAUCCGAAAACAAAAGUUCUGUAAUUUGAAGAAGACGAACAAACAAAUAUUAUCAGAUAUCACGGGAAUAUUUAAACCAGGAAUGAAUGCGAUACUCGGGCCCACUGGCAGUGGUAAAUCAUCGUUAUUGGACAUUUUGGCUGACAGGAAAGAUCCUCACGGUCUAUCUGGGCAGGUGUUAAUCGACGGUCAACCGCGUUCAUCUGAUUUCAAAUAUCAUGUCGGUUACGUGGUUCAAGACGACAUUGUGAGCGGAACAUUAACCGUAAGAGAAAAUUUAACAUUUUCAGCAAGUUGUCGUCUACCAUCUAAAAUGAACACAACAGCUGAGAAAGAAAGAAUUGUGAGUCAAGUUAUUUACCAGUUAGGCUUGGAAAAAUGUGCAGAUUCAAAAGUAGGAACCGAAUUUGUUCGUGGCAUUAGUGGUGGUGAACGAAAACGAACAAACAUUGGAAUGGAAUUAGUUUUAGAACCAUCAAUUAUUUUCUUUGAUGAACCAACAACAGGAUUAGAUUCCUCAACUGCCCGUAAUGUUAUGGAAUAUUUAUACGAAUUAUCCCGCAAAGGGCGUACAAUUAUAUUCUCCAUUCACCAGCCACGUUAUUCUAUUUAUAAACUAUUUGAUGUAGUUGUACUACUAUCAGCGGGUCACCUUGUUUACCACGGUCGAGCAAAUCAAUUGUUGCCCUAUUUUUCGUCGAUUGGAUAUGAAUGUGAACGAUAUGAUAAUCCAGCAGAUUUUAUUCUGGAUGUAGCACAAGGCGAUAAAAGAACAAUGAAAUAUCUUCCAUCAAUAAACAUGAAUGAUGACGAGGUGCGUAUUCCAGCUGAAAAUACUGAUAUUGACUUAGAGUUACAACAAGAAACAGCAGCAAAAUAUUUACAUGACCAAUACCUAAAAUCCUCCCUAUAUCAAACUACUCAUCAAGAAGUGAAUUUAUAUUUGGAAAAAUUUCAGCACGACAAUCAACAAGACAAAUCGUUGACAACAAGUCGACCUAAUAAAAUGGCGAAAAAAUCUCGAUUAAACGAAUUUUAUUACGUUGCACAACGUUUAUUACGUACAUUAGUUCGUAAUCCAGCUCUCGUCAUUAUGCAGGCAAUCGUCACAACGAUAUUUGCCAUACUUGUGGGUCUUAUCUAUUUGAAUAUCGAUCGCACAAUCAAUACGGGUGUCAAAAAUCGAAUUGGAGCAAUAUUUUUUAUUAUUAUGAAUCAAAUAUUUGGAAAUUUAUCAGCAAUUGAAUUAUUUCUAAAAGAACGGGCACUAUUCAUGCAUGAAAAUGCCAGUGGAUAUUAUCAUGUAUCGACUUAUUUUGCCGCAAAACUUCUUUGUGAUUUAAUACUCAUGCGUGCAAUACCAAUCGUCUUAUUUUCUGUUAUAGUCUAUUUUAUGAUUGAUUUUCAACGAAUAGUGGUGAAAUAUUUUAUUUUUUUAUUAAGUAUAUGGAUGACAUCGUUUUGUUCAUGUGCAUUAUGUUUUUGUAUAUCAGCCAGUGUCAAUGUAUUUGGUAUUGCUAAUUUACUCGUGGCAAUUUCCUAUGUAAUGAUGAUGGUAUUCGGCGGUUUUCUAGUCGAAUUAAAUAGUGUUCUUAGCGUAUUAGCAUGGAUUAAAUGGGUGAGCAUAUUUCGUUAUGCGUCGAAUAGUUUACAUGUUAAUGAAUUUAAAGGCCUCAAAUUGUGUUCAAUUAAUGAAACGAGUGUGUGCACUUUUCCAGGUGAAAAUAUAUUAAAAGAACGAGAUAUCGAUUAUGAACAAAAUUGGGAUUUAUGGAAAAAUUUUGUGGCUCUGGGUGCAAUGGCUGUUAUUUUAUUUAUAUUGACUUAUGUACAAUUAGUUCGAAUUAAAAAAUUUAAAUGA